AGAAUGGCAGUCCCAUAACCCACACUGCAACAUACGGUCCUCUAUUUUAUUUCAGUCAUUUUCCUCACUUGUAUCUUACUUUAUACACGUAAAUAUUAAUCUUUCUUUUGUUUGUUUCAUUUUGUGAGUUUCGUAUUUCAGUGGUGUUCACGAACGCAGCGUAACUGAAACCAACAAGGUUUCGGUUCGGUGACGGUCCUGAAAGCUGAAAACACCAACGGAAAUCCAUUCUAACUUUAGUUGUCAUGGCGACCACAUCCAUCACCACCGCCGGUGGAGUUGUGAUCGUAACUCAAGUCAUCCCCAAAGAUGACUCCUCCAUUCCGCUCCAGACUCCUGCAAACUCUGCAUCAAAGGCUCCACCCACUGAUGCAAAGACUCCGCCUCCUCCUUCUAAAGAAGUAACAAAGGCCUCCACCUUCCUGCGUGGGGAGCCCCAUGGCCUCGGGGUUGUCCAGAUCUUCAUCGGUCUGCUGUGUGUUGUGUUUAGUCUGACCGCUAUCCUCUCACCAACCAUGAUGGUCCACGCCCCGUUUGCCCUCGGAGCUAUGUUUGUUGUUUCAGGCUCUCUGUCAGUGAUGGCCAGAAAUGGAACUUCCGUCAGACUGGUGUGUGUGUCUCUGCUGUUCAACACAUUCAGCGCCGUCCUUGGCCUGGUGGGUGUGGUCUACCUCUGUUUCCUGCUGGCUGACACUCCUCCCGCUGACAAGAUUUGUAGCAGUGCUGAUGACAGCAGCACCUUGUACCAAUCAAAGUGUUCCAGCAAUUUGUGGAGGUUGAAUAUUAUUCUGUACGGACUUCUGGGCCUCUUCCUGGUUCUGUUCAUCCUUCAAGUUUGUGUCUCCAUCACAAUUUCGAUUUUCUCUGGAAGAUUGCUCCGGAGCUACAAACGUUAUUCUCACCUCACGGUGGAUGACAGCAGCAUUCCUGUUGAGUCGGACCUCCAAUCCAACUCUCCCUGAGAGGGGAUGGAGGGCUCCAUCUCCAUCCGUCUCUCCGUGGAAUCCAUCACUGAUCUUUAUGUAUUUCCUGGUUCUAGUGUUGACGGUUCUAAACCGUGUAAAUGUGAUUUUUAGUGAUUGAAUCUUGCAAUAAUAGCUUACUGCCUGUGUGUAUCUACCGGUACUUUUUUUUUCUUUGAAUUAUUCUCUUAAGUGUAUCAAUAAAGUCUAUUCUUUUCUAAACCAGCUUGAUCAAGUAUAACAAAUUCAAAUCAGCAGUUUUCAGAUUGUAAAGAUAAAAUUUCUAUGAAAUGUAACUUAAAACUGGUUUUAUUUCAGAAUUAAACGGGAGAAAAUACUAUAAAA